GACUAAAACUUCUUUGAAUAGAGAUGAAGUUCGUUCUUGGGAUCACUGUAGCUGCAUUUUUAGGAGCUCAUUCUGCUCCCUUACAGGACAAAUCAAUCAACGGUGAUGAACGAUGGACGAUAGCUCGCGAUGGUGAAGGACGUAUGCAUUUAGUCGAUCUUGAUCCACUGGAAGUUGAACCAGAGACAUUUUUCGAUCCAAAUGCUGACAUGUUCUACCUUCUAUACACAAGAUCGAAUCCAACUGAAGGACAACGAAUCACAUUUGAUGUUGGAAGUUUGACUAAUUUUAGAAGAAAUGGCAGCACAAGAGUAUUGAUCCAUGGAUGGACAACUUCUUCAAUGUCGACUGAAAAUAUUUUUACUAGGAAUGAAUUUUUAGCUCAAGGAGAUCACAAUGUUAUUGCUGUCGAUUGGAGCGUCGGUGCUAGUGCGAACUACAUCACAUCCAGAAAUCGUGUCAGCGUAGUAGGUCAAGCAGUCGCUCGAUUCUUAGACUUCCUUCAUUCAAAUGGUUACAUACAAUAUCAUCAAGUUCAUUUAAUUGGUCACUCUCUUGGAUCACACGUGGCUGGACAUGUUGGUAAAAAUGUUCAACGUGGCAGAAUCAAUGUCAUUUUCGGAACUGAUCCAGCUGGUCCAUUAUUCAACACCAACAAUCCUGACAGAUUAGACUCGUCUGAUGCUGAAUAUACAGAAGCAAUUCACACAAAUGCUGGACUUUCGGGAAUCAGUGAGCCAAUCACUCAUGCUGCAUUCUAUCCAAACUUUGGAUCAUCACAACCAGGCUGUGAAAAUGAAAUCGGUGGAAGUUGUAAUCAUGCACGUGGCCCUUUAUUCUAUUCUGAAUCAAUUAGAAGUGACUUGUUUAUAGCUCGUCAAUGCACUGGAUAUGAUCAAAUUGUAGCUAGAAACUGCCCUGGAACUGGAGUGGUAGCUAUUAUGGGUGGUGAUAGUGCUAAGUCCAUUCGUGGUGUUUUUUAUUUAGAAACUAAUGCUCAGGCACCAUUCGCAAGAGGCUAAAAUUAGAAAUAUUGUUUAUAUCUUAUCGAGCUUAUUUAGGAGGAUUUGCAGUUAAUUUGUAAAUAUUGAUUGGAAGUGAUAAUAAAUUCUUUGAUAAUUAA